AUGAGUAAACAGCAUCUAAUAAUCGAUAAUGGAGCAUAUAACAUAAAAGCAGGGUUCAACCAAGGCACAGACUCAUCACCACACAAGAUAUUCAACGCCAUAACGCGAACUAAAGACGGGUUGAUCCACUUUGGCAACCAGUUCAAAAGUCACACAAAUAAUUUUUCAGGCAUACAAAUCAAGCGACCAUUUGAACAAGGCCACUUGACGUCAUGGGAGACGGAAAAACCCAUUUGGGACUAUACAUUUGACGAGAUUCUGCUGCCGACAAAGGAAGUUGACCCCAGUGAAAUCCAUCUUACUCUAACUGAAACACCUUACCAACUACCCCAAUUAUCAUCAAACACGGACCAAAUCGUGUUUGAAGAGUACGGGUUUCUGGAGUAUUAUCGAUGUACUGCGCCGAGCUUGGUGCCGUUCAGCGUUGACCCUGCUGAGGUGAGUCCAGAUUUCACCUUGGUUAUUGAUGCCGGGUUCAAUUCCACUUGGAUCAUGCCGAUGUUGUACCAAAAGGUGCAUUGGGAAGGUGUGCGCAAACUCCCCAUUGGCGGUAGCUUGAUCAAUGGAUUGCUCAAGGAAGUGAUAUCGUUCAGGCACUAUGAUAUCUCCGCUGACCCCAUUCUCAUCAACACUAUAAAGGAAUCUACUUGCUUUUUAGCCACUGAUUUCAACGAGGCAUUGAAGAAAAAGGCACAAUUGGGAUGCCAGUUUGUCUUGCCCGAUUUCAAGACCACCACCACCGGUUAUGUUGUCGGACCAGACACACCUCCGCUUCCAGCUGAUACUCAGUUGCUUACGCUUUACGAUGAAAGAUUCACGGUGCCCGAAUCAUUUUACCACCCGGAAAUAAUCUUUGAUUCAAAUGGCAGUACCGCUUCAAACUCCACGUUACAAGCUGCGCCAUUCAAAAAUCUCACUGAUUUGGUCGUUUCGAGUAUCAUGUCGUGUCCUGAAGUCACGCGGCCGUUGUUGCUGGCAAACAUUGUAUUGGUGGGAGGAACAACCAAUAUACUAAAUUUCAAAAACAGGCUACUAUCUGAACUACGCAGGGAAUUGCCUCUGAACUGGAGAGUCCAAGUGCACGAGAAGCAAAAUGGUAUCUCUCAGGAUGAACGCAGUUGGUAUGGUGGGGUUAGUUUGACCAACCAGGACAUCAUUAGAGAAAUCACCGUCUCAAAAAAGGAAUACUUUGAACAUGGAAGCAACUGGUGUCAAAAUCAAUUUGGCUUCAAGAACCUCUAA